GGGAAGAAGAGACGAGGGGAGGGGAGGAGAGGAGCGCCGGGGGAAAGGAGCGAGAGCGAGCGAGCGCUGGGGAAAGAGGGAAAGGGGGAAAGAGAGGGGAAAAAGAGGAUAGCCGAGGACAGCAGCACCUCGUUUAGAGAGACCUUCUUCUGUCUUCGUCCUCCCGCUCUCCAGCGUGCGCAUCUGCUCCGUCCCCUUGCCAGGCGUUGAUCUGGACGUCUCUGCUCGGCUCUGCGCUCGCAGAUUCCCCCUUUCAUCCCCUCGUCGUCGUCGUCGUCGUCGUCGUCGCCUAGAAUCUAUACAAGACCUGUCGACGGCACCUGCAAUAAUCACAUUCUCUCCUUCGCAUCACAUCUCCUCUUCACCUCCCGUCUUCCCUUCCCUCACCUUUCUUCACUUCACUUCACUUCACUUCCCUGUCUGCUUCGUUUCAACGCCCUGUGUAUUGCCGCACGCGACAUCCUUCCGCCCGCCUCAAGCCUCCUCAGGAUUCCACGUGCAUGCCGAAUUUGUCGAGUGACCGUAACAUGGGAUUCUCAGCAUUUCUCACUUGGACUGCUGUCUGGGUGGCGAUUCUGCACCAAUUGCACCAAGUGACUGCGUUCCCGUUGCAUGCCGCAGCUCUGAACGACAUCCCGACAUACUCUGACAGCACCGAUAGAGAAUGGCGCAUGCAAGUGGAUGCUCAUGUGAAAGAACAUCUUGCUACCAUUCUUCGAGAUGAGGCCGUUAACAGGCUAGACAAGUUAGGAAAGGUGAGUGACUCGCCAGAAUUUUUACAAAGGACGUUCAUGAGCCCGGCAGCUCUACGGGCCGGACAACUCAUUCGAACGUGGAUGUCAGACGCCGGAUUGUUUACAUGGAUCGAUGACAUGGGAAAUGUGCAUGGGCGCUUCGAUGGAAUGAAUUCAUCUGCCCCAGCUCUUCUCAUCGGUUCCCACAUGGACACUGUGAUUGAUGCAGGGCGUUAUGACGGAGCAUUAGGUGUAGUUUCUGCUAUUGCUGCCGUUAAAGCUCUACAAAAGAGUGGCAGAUUGGUGGAUUAUCCCCGACCUAUUGAGAUCAUCGCUUUCAGUGACGAGGAAGGGGUGCGAUUUCAGUCUACCUUCUUAGGAAGUGGUGCAAUCGCUGGAACUUUAUCACCUAAUUUGCUGCAAGUGAAAGACAAGAGGGGUGUGACCGUAUCUGCUGCUCUGCAGAAGCUUUCGUUUCCCGGAACGAAGGAGAGUUUAUUCAACUUAAAGUACGAACCAGAAUCUGUUUGGGGCUAUGUUGAGGUCCACAUCGAACAGGGUCCCGUCUUGGAGAGCAAAGGCCUGCCUCUAGGAGUUGUGGACGCAAUCGCAGGACAAACACGUCUAAGAGUGAGUAUGAAAGGAUCGGCGGGUCAUGCCGGUACGGUUCCCAUGGCAAUGCGCAAAGACCCUAUGCCUGCAGCGGCACAAGCCAUUGUGGCCAUAGAGGAACUCUGCAUCCGACCUCAGCAAGGUGGUAGCCCAGCAACAGUUUCUCGACCUACAGCUAAUAAAGGAGGUGCUCUCGUGUGCACAGUUGGCGAGAUCGCAUCCUGGCCUGGCGCUAGCAAUGUGAUUCCCGGAGAGGUUACAUUCUCUGUAGAUGUGCGAGCUAAAGAUGAUAAUGUUCGCGAACUUGCUGUUCUAAACAUGGAGCUUUCGAUUCAUGAAAUUUGCCGAAACCGUGCGAUUGCAUGUACUAUCGAGCGCAAGAACGAAGCAAAGACUGUGGAAUGUGAUAAAGAGCUUAUUGAUAGGUUGAGUGUAUCAGCAACUGCCGCCACCAAUGAACUCUUCUCUCUAACAGGAGUUCAAACUACCAAUGAGGAACCUGUACCUACACUCUCAAGUGGUGCAGGACACGAUGCGCUGGCAAUGGCACAGCUAACGAAGGUGGGAAUUAUGUUUGUACGAUGCACUGGAGGAAUAAGUCAUUCCCCGGAAGAACAUGUGUUGGAUGAUGACAUUUGGGCUGCAGGUCUGGCUCUACAUUCUUUCCUUGAAUCAGACUUGCCUGCAAGCUUUAGUGCCUAGGUCCUCUAAGACCUGUGAUAGCAAAUUGUAGGCAGUCUCUCAAAUUUUUGUCAGUCUUCUUGCUGACCUGUACAUAGCAAUUGUAUAGACUUUAGACAUGACACUUCGCAAAUUAGGGACCUUAACCAAUGCAAACUGAAGUUUGCUGGCCAGAGUGGAUAACUUAGUGAUGCAUGCUAACCCCACAUACAUGAAUCGAUUAUCCAUCAGAGCAAACUAAAGUUUGCCAAACAGGUUCAACAAUUCAAUGGUCACAGCUACCUUCAUCUCGCAUACAUAGAUCCUUCUAAGCAAACUGAAGUUUGCUGAAGAGGAUUGUUAUUGUAUGUGCAAGUUCAACUUCAUGAAACAGAAAGUAUAUAUCCACCAACGCAAAUUCAAGGUUACUGUUCAGGAUUACUAUUUUGUACCGCAAGCUAUUUCAAACCAGUGGAUUGUCAGGUCAAUCGGGAACUUACACGUUCUUAACAGUAUGACAGUACAUAGAUCUGCAACCUGUACGCAAAUCAAAUUUGUAUAUAUACAAGUGUGACAGAGUAUGGUACCAAUUUGUGGUACUCUCUUGAAGAAUC